GGAGCGGUGCUUCUGAUAAUAAUAAUAAUAAUAAUAUGUAUACAUUUCAUAUAUAUUUUGCAAACUUUAUUAUUAUAAAUUUGGCUGCAUUGAAGUUGGAAGGGAAAAGUGCCAUGUGGUGAGCUCAGAUGUGUGCACAUGGUGUCUCAGAUUUCAAAGCAAAGAGACUCCAAAUCAAAGCAGGGGAAAGAGAAGUGUUUUGGGUUUUUCAAGAGAAUCAUCAGUUGCAGAGGGAAAACCCACCUGACUUGGUUUUUUAAAAUUAAAGAAUCAACCCUUUUAUUUAUAUUUUACCAUUAUUUUAAAAGGAAUGGGCACUUGGGAACUGUGAUUUAUGUGAUAGGAGGGGCAAAUUAAACUUUUCUCGGUGCAAAGUCCACUAAUUUUGUAAUAGAAAAAAAAAAAUUCUCAUGUUGGUUAACUCUUGCCCCUGCUGCUUCCUCUUUGCAAACAGUACUUCAUCAUAGUUCUCUUUCCAACUCCCAUGUAAGCCUUUCUUUUUCUCAUGCUAGUUUAGCCUUUUCAUUCUAACAUAUAUAGAUCCAUAUCCUUGCUAGUUUCUUUCUUUCUUUCUCUUCCCAGAUUAAAUUUGUAGUGUAAAAGGGUUUAUAGCCAUAUAAUCCUUGUUGUUUAUAUCUCAAGCUAAUCUAUAUUCCCCGUUCCUUUAUUAUUGUCUUCCCAUUUUGAUUGUUCUUGAUAUCAUAUAAAUAAAUGAAGUUUCUCCCUUUGUAGCUCCCUGUCAUAUAGCUUUAUAUACCAUUAAUUAACUUUUUGUAUAUAUCAUAAGUGUAGACUUUGCUUUUAGUUUGAUAUAUCCAUGAAGUGGGAAGAAAAUAAAAUGGUUGAAUAUGAGAUGGUCAGCCAUUUAUGUUCCUUCAGAAACUCACCACCAUGGUUUUUACUCCUUGUUCCUGUACUGUUAAUUCUUGUGGGAUUAGUUUUUGGGCUAAAAUUAUUCUUCUCUACGCUUCUCAUCAUAACAUCUACAAUAAUCUAUCUCUUCGCAUUAUAUAUAAUCUCAAAGCCAAAAGCAGUUCUAGUCCAAAGUUUAGUACCACCCCAGAAAGAUAAUGUUCAAAUCUUGGAAGACCAAACCAACCAAGAUAUCAUCACUAGUAGCAGUAAUAGUACUACUACCACUCCUUAUCCCAACUCGCCGGAUGACUUGCAAUCCGAAAGCGAGUUCUUGGAUCACCAAUCAUCGACGACAGAUGAUUCACAAGUACUAGAUGAUCAGUGGCCGUACAGAAACGACAUGAACAACAUCGUGAAACGACAAUGGAGGCACACAGAUUUCUCCGACGACGGCUCCAUCUCUGACGAGGAAAGCCUCAUUGAGAUCUCUCUCCCAAGUGGGCAUUACGUUGAUCAUCAUCAUGAUCAUGAUCAUCAAAAUCACAAGGAAGAUCUUGAGCCCAUGUCGUUUAACCUUCAUCAUCAGAAGAGUAAUAUAAUGGGUAAAGAUCUGUUCCCCGAUGCCUCAUGCAAUAUCUUCAGAGAGCGUAGCUUGAUGGAGUUGUUGGCCGAGAUUAAUGAGAUGAAUGAAGAAGAAAAUUUGAUUGAGAUUGAUAUAUCUAUGGGAUCCAUCAAGUGUUCCAGGUUUGAGAUUCAAGCUUGAGCUUUAACUAGAGCUAAUCGAUACUAGCUUCUUUUUUCACUUUAAAUUUUACUAUUCAAGUUUAAAGUUUUUGAUCCACUACAUGGAUUUGGCUGGUAUUAAUUAUUACAUGUACACUACUUUUGUGUUUUUUGUCGUGUUAUAAUAUAUAGUAGCAAUAAUAAGCAAUAAUAUUCUGGUGCACUAGUAUAAACCUUCUC